CAACCCAAUGAGCUAUCUGCAGCAGUGCUGAAAGGACCAGCCAUUUUCCUCCGAGGCAGCAGUGUGCUGUGUGUUAUGCCCUGCUAUAUCCUUUAUUUACAGGAAAUAAAUAACAUCUACUGAGGGCUACGGUGGGUCUGGCUGAUCUGUACUACAGCUGAGAAUGCCUUCAAGCCCCUACUUGGUGGAUGAGCUGCUGGCUGCCUGUGCUAGGAGCUGAUUCCAGAAGAUGGAAUGCAGGCUGAUAAUGCUGCAUAUCCUUUAUCAGGCGGUGGAGUAGGUUUUUUGUCUUGUAAAGGCAAGGUUCCCCUGCAACGUUAUCUGAAGGGCUCAGUAUUAGCUGCUCACAAGGGAAGCUUAGUGACCCGAACAAAGGGUGUUGCCCUUUUUGUAAUCUGUGCUUCUUUUUUUUUUUUUCUUAAUACAAGAAGACAGCAGUAGAGAAGAAGCAGGUGUAUCACUCAUCUGGGCUCCGAGCUACAAUACACAGCCCCUGCACCGUUUCUGGUAUUACCUUACGUUUCCUGAUCACUUUUGUUUGGGGACCAAGGUGCACAUAGCUACGAACUCUCACUACCUGCGGUACAAGAAAAGAACUGUCGUCAUCUGAAAAACUAAAGAAAAGGAUAAAUCAAAAUUGGAAAUCAAAUCAUAAAAAAACAUCACCAACAUUUCACAAGGCAAACUGAAGACUGUUUCUUUUAACCACGAAGAAUCAAGAUGAACACAGAUAGCAGUGGAUGUGCUCGCAAACGUGCUGCAAUGUCUGUCACACUAACAGCUGUGAAGAGAGUACAAAGUUCUCCAAAUCUGUUGGCUUCAGGGCAAGACUCUUAUUCGCCCGACUCAGAUAUCUGGAGAUCUUACAAUGAUUAUGUGAAAGAUGGUCUCAAUGGUGACUCAAGUUCCUCCCUUGCAGCAAAAGGCUUUAGAAGUGUACGGCCAAACCUGCAGGAUAGAAAAUCACCUACUCAGGCACCCCCACCUCCCCCUAGAAAAGGCAGCUAUCAGAGGUCAUCCAGUAAUUUCCAGCAGGGUGAGAUAAGUGGGCACAUAACUUCAGUCACAGUUAAUGGAAAUUCAGGGAGCCCAGCCAGUCCUAUGAGUCACUAUCAAAGACCUUUCUCUCCAACAUACCCCUCCCCACCAUCACACAACGCCUUGGUCAUGCAACACAACAGAACAUUAGACUCUACGGAGUCUUUCUCCCAGCAGUACCAGUCAGAAGUGAUCCGGAGCAGCAGCACUAUACCAAUCUGCAGGACCUCAGAAGAAGAGAAAAAAGUCACUGUUAUUAAAGCACCACACUAUGCAGGGAUUGGACCUGUCGAUGAAUCAGGAAUACCGACGGCCAUUAGAACGACUGUUGACAGACCAAAAGACUGGUACAAGACAAUGUUCAAGCAGAUUCAUAUGGUCCACAAGCCAGACAAUGACAGUGAUUAUUCUAGCACAGCCUAUGCAUAUAAUACAGAUAACUACAGCUCGGCUUUACCUGCCUAUUCACAUCCUGCUGCAAAGACACAAACAUACCGUCCUCUAUCUAAAAGUAUCUCUGACAAUGGCACAGAUGUAUUUAGAGCUUCAUCCCCAUUACCACCUCCUCCUGUACCCGUUCUUCCUCCAUCUGUGCCUCAUCGCAUGCGGCAGCUGACCUCUCCUGAGAAGAAUGAGUGGGAGCCACCUGACAGAAAAGUUGAUACUCGCAAAUUCCGUUCUGAACCUCGAAGUAUCUUUGAAUACGAGCCAGGAAAAUCCUCCAUCCUUGAACACGAAAGGCCGAAUGGUCGUAUAAAUCCAGAUGAGAUAGAUUUAGAAAAUGAACCAUGGUAUAAAUUCUUUUCAGAGCUGGAGUUUGGACAGCCGCCUCCUAAAAAACAGUUGGAUUAUGUGCAGGAGAAUCCCCCUCGUGUGUCUACUGAGACAUCAUUAUACCAACCAUCCAUAGAAAGAAGCACCGACAGACCUUCCAGUUCUGCAAGUGACUACAGGAAAAGACGGAAGUCUGAGCCCAGUGUGGGCCAUCAGAGAACCAGCAGUGACCAGAAUGCAAACAGAAACAGCCUUAGCCGAACAGGAAUGCAAGGCACAAAUACCACCGUGCGAAAACCUUUCAUUAACUCCUCACCUCCGUCUCCUUCGCGAAUUAAAGGUGGGGAUGUUAGCAGACUGUAUCCCCCCCUAUUCACUUAUUCUCUACAUAAACCGAAUGCCUCAAACUCAAUAGAUUACUGUAGUGGCAAUAGUUACCACUUAGCUGUGCCUGAUGAUACAAAACGUGCUAUCAGCUUUAAGAAUGGCUGGCAGAUGACACGACAGAAUGCGGAGGUUUGGAGCAGUAUAGAGGAAGCAGCGUCACCAAAAAUAAAGUCUAGGAGUUGUGAUGAUUUAUUAUCAGAGGAUCACAAUAACUUCUCGACCAACCAGGCCAAAUCUGAAAGCAUGGGAUCCUUAUUGUGUGAAGACAAGUUAAAGCAAAGUAGUUCCUUGGUGUGGGGAAACUCAUAUACAUCUGAAGGGUGUGCACCAAACACGUCCAGGGUUCGUCAUAGGUCGGCUCACGACACUCCAGGUUUUCUUAAGUUAUAUAAAAAAAUGCAUCGCAUCAAUCGCAAGGACUUGAUGAGCUCUGAAGUGAUCUGCUCUGUGAAAUCUCGCAUCAUGCAGUAUGAGCAGGAACAGCAAAAAGGGAUAUUCGCAGGUUGGAGAACAGUGUCUGAAGAAGUGCCAAGAGAUAUGGUCCCCACAAGAAUAUCGGAGUUUGAACAGCUUAUCCAGAAAUCCAAAUCCAUGCCCAACCUUGGAGAAGAGAUGCUGUCUGCAGUCAGCUUAGAUAUCUCUACCAACAGCUUGUGCCCUAAACGUAGGUUUUCUAUUGAAUCUCUACUCGACGAAGAAGCUCAAGAAAGACAUAUAUCUCAGGUACAGCACAAUGGGAAAACUAAGCCGUUAGUUCCAGUCCAUAUUGAGGUGACAAGUGAUCAGAUUCCAAAAUCACAUGUGGAAUUUUCUGAUAGUGACCCUGAGGCAGUUGUUUCAGACCUGAGUGACUUUAUACAAAUAGAAGGAUCUUCAUUUUGCAGUGAGAGUGAUUUUGACCACUAUUCCUUCACAUCAUCUGAAAGUUUUUAUGGUUCUGGGCAUCACCAUCACCACCACCACCAUCAUCACCACCACCAUCGGCACCUCAUCAGUUCUUGCAAAGGAAGGUGCCCAGCAUCAUACACACGUUUCACCACCAUGUUAAAACACGAGAGGGCUAAGCAGGACAAAAGUGAACCUUCAGGAAGGAGAGAAACGGAUUCAGGCCUUUCCAAAAUUGCUUUUCUUGUCAGUCCAGUGCCUUUUCGUAGGAAAAAAAGCUCCACGCCUAAAAGGCAAUCUGAGAAAGGCCGGUGUAAAGCAUCAGUGUUUGAAGCCCUGGACUCAGCUCUUCAGAAUAUCUGUGACCAAAUUAAAGCUGAGAAAAGGCGUGGGAGCUUACCAGACAACAGCAUCCUGCACAGACUUAUAAGUGAGCUUCUACCAGAUGUCCCAGAAAGAAAUUCUUCUUUAAAAGCAUUUCCUCUAUCCACCCCUAACCAGUCUUACUGCCAGCUGUCUCAAGAUGGUGCUAUUCAUUACCCACCUUAUCAGACUGAUUGUGGAAGACCGCCCGUCAGUGCCUCUUACCAGGAAGUGGAUGCAACCAACAACAACUCCCAGGAUAGCCCAUAUGCUUUCCAAGCAGAUCAAGAUUCUCCACGAAAUUAUUCAUCAGCCUUUACUGAUGUGAGCAAAAGUUCUGCAAGAAGGGGAGUUCAAGAGAAAGAGGCUGCUAGAGCUGUGUAUGACUUCAAGGCACAGACACCAAAAGAGCUAUCCUUUAAAAAAGGAGAUACUGUGUAUAUCCUCAGGAAAAUAGACAAGAACUGGUAUGAAGGAGAACAUUAUGGGAGAGUGGGAAUAUUGCCAAUUUCUUAUGUUGAGAAAAUAAGCCCAACUGAAAAAUCCCAGCCAAUACGACCCCCACCUCCUGCCCAGGUCCGAGAGAUUGGAGAAGCAAUAGCUAAAUAUAAUUUCACUGCUGACACAAAUGUGGAGCUAACUCUGAGAAAGGGUGACAAGGUGACGCUUUUUAAGAAGGUUGAUAAAAACUGGUAUGAAGGUAAAAUUCCAGGAAGUAACAGACAAGGCAUCUUCCCAGUGUCUUAUGUGGAAAUUGUGAGAAAAAGUCCGUCCAAGAGCCCAGGUGAAUCUCCAGAACGCACACUGCAUCACAUCAUCACCACUGACAGACUACAUAAUUCCAGCAACACGUUAUCUUCAUCUAAGAGAUUCCAUACUCCACCCCUUACUCUCAAAGCAGACUCAUCCUCUUGUACAGACGCUAGUAAGGGGAACUUAGGAGCUGUAACUAGUGAAUGGUUGUCACUGACUGUCGGCUUUUCACCUUCAAACACACCAGUCCCAACUUCACCACCUUUUCCUGACCACCCUCUUUCUAAUCUAGAGAAGCCCACCUCCUUGCCAUUAACGGUUUUACAGCCUGAACAGUUAUCCUCAAGAGAUAUAGCUUCCAGAAUUAAGGAUGGUCAUUUUGUUCCUAUUACAUCACCAGAGACCCUUUCAAGUUGUCAUCAUCAUACCAUGCCUUCACCAUUUCCUGACACAACACUUUCCUCUCCUGUAAUUCAGCAGCUUGAGGUCCCUUCUAUGCCUGCAACUAAUACUGAUAGCAGUCUGACUGAACAGAGAGAAUACUUGGACCAGACACAGCCAAAGGGCCAUAUAAGUUUGAACCAAGCCACAGAAAGUUGCUCAGUUCUUAAUAAUAUACCUGAGACUCCUGGAAAUGAACUGGCUCUCUCAGAGUGUGCACCAGGGCCAUCAACACCAAUAAUCAUGACGUCUGUCGAUGAACAGGAAGAGGAGAUUUGUCAAGAGCUGAUGUCUAUCAUCCAAAGAGGUCAGCUGGCAUAUCAAGAGCCAGGGUUUUCUAGGUACGAACCUCAAAAAGAGCAACAUCCAAGACUCUACAUCGAGGAAGAUGGUGAUGGUGAAAUCUUACAGCAACCAGUAGAAAAAGUAGUGCAACCUAUUGUAUGUCAUGAAGAGUAUUCUUCCAGUAUCAAUGCAGAGCAGAGAGCUGUAUUCACUCAUGAAAACAUCCAGGCUAUGGGGGAACCAUACCAGUCCUUGUACAACUAUACUCCACGGAAUGAGGAUGAGCUAGAUUUAAGAGAAGGUGAUGUGAUAGAUGUUAUGGAAAAAUGUGAUGAUGGAUGGUUUGUAGGUACUUCUAGAAGAACUAAGUUCUUUGGAACUUUCCCUGGAAACUAUGUCAAAAGACUGUGAAUGCAGUUUGUUUUGUUGGAUGCUCGACUUGUCACAUGUAUUGCUUGGAAGCACGCAUCUAUAUAUUUGACCUGAACCAGUUCAUAUGUAGUCCUGCAGCCUGCCAACAUUGUUUAGCAGUAUUAGAGCCUUAUCGGCCCAGUCCAGUCACUACUGAUAAUCUUCUAGCACCAAUCAUUACUUACUCAUCGUAAAACUGCAAUUUUAUAGGAUGCACUGUCUCUCAUGAUGUGUGCUUUGGAAGCUUCUUUUCAACACUGUGUAAGACACUCUAAAACAACAAGGUAUUAAAGAUGUUAGUCUACUUAAAUAAAUGUUCGUAGGAGUGGAUACAUGUGGGUAAAAUGAUAACCGACAGGACUGCACUCAGAUACAUCACAGGUGUAUCUCACCACCUGUUGUAUCAAGAGGGCAAUGGAGUCUGAUGGCCUUGGCAUUCAGUACUGAUCGGAUGGCUACCUGGUAUGUGUAUACAGGUUUUCCACAGGCCAUGAGUAGUAAAUGGCUCUUAAAAUAUUAGUUCUCAUAAGAGUCACAUUUAUGUGAUCAGAAUAAAACAAUGAGAAUAUACUGCUUUGUACUUUGUCAUUACCUGUCUAUUGCAGAUUGUUUUUGAGUUGUUACUUGACAUAAACUGCUGAAACAAAUGAAAGCAAAUUGCCAUGUAAUUUCACCAUUUCGGGGCAAAACAAAAAAAAAAAAGUCACACUGGGCAGGUUGCUACUGGUAACUGCUCUGUUUUUCUUUUACACAAAUUUGUACAUACAGCUGCCUGUGUAUGUUGCUUAACCACAGUUCUUGGAGUGCCAUAUUCUGGUUCAUAAGAUAUUCAUCUCUGCUAGGCUCUGUUCACAUCUACAUCUAAAGUUCUGCAAAUUCUAGAAUUUUUUAUAGAAAGAAUUGUGCUGUAUGCUACUCUGGUUUUUCCCACCAAAAUAGCAGAGACCUCAGGAGAACCACAUGGACCUCAUUUUACAUUAAUGGGAUUCAAUGUGCAUUCAAUUAAAAAUAGAAUCCACAAGGUAGAUGUAAACACAGCCUUAGGCUAAAUUGUAGUAAAAUAAAUCAAAUGCUUUGAGAUUUUAAUAAAAGCCCAUAAGAAUUGUAUCUAUAAAAAAAAAAAAGAAAACUAACUCAUGGGUCAAUUCGCCCUAAUUUCCCUGUAGCUUCCUAUUCCUCCUCCACCAUUCCUGCCUUUAUAAUACAGGGUGAUUCAAAGAGGAUGAUGAUCCUUGGUAUUUAUAAAUUAGGGAACAUAAUACAAUUUUAUUAACAUGAAAAGACACACCGUCUAUAUAAGUUUUACCUAUACACUACAAAUGUUCAAAGUGAUUUCCUUGGUGACACAACAGAUGUCCAGUCCAGUUCUGUCCUGUGGCCAGCAUAUCCUCAGUGAUGUGUUGUCUCAGGUCAUUUAGAAGACACACUGAGUAUCUGAUGUAGCUCCACAGAAAGGCAUGGCUAAUCCAAUGCUGUAGUAGAGUUUCAUUUAAGUACUGACAAAGAUUCAAAUGAAAAUGUAGAGGUGUACCAUCCUGCCAAUAGAUUAUAUUUGGCAGAUCUUCCUCUGUGGUAAAAGCAGUUCCUUUAACAUGUCCAGGUAGGAGCGGCCAGUGGCAGUAUCCUUGGCAGAAAAGAAGAAACCAUAUGUAGCCUUUACGCUUGCUCACUGCACAAAACAAGUUACUUUUGGGUCCCUCAUGUUGCUCACCAGCAAGGCAGUGUAUUCGUCCUCUUCCAAUUGGCCCCGCAAGUCAAUGCACAAGUCACUUUGUUUGUCGUCUGGAUUCAGCUUCUGAAGAAGAUCUUUGUGGCUUACAAUGCAGAUGUUUUCGAAUGCUAUACCGUGCUUUGUGAAACCUGUAGUUCCAUAGUAAGCCUAGAUUUUCUUGGAUUUUCAGUCACUGGCCAUUCACCACUGAUGCUUCUUUAAAGGGGUACAAUCCGCUGCUCAGCGUUUGGAACAAACUGUUCCGAAUGCUGGAGCCGGGAGCUUGUGAUGUCAUAGCCCCGCCCCCUCAUGACAUCACACCCUGCCCCUUCAAUGCGAGUCUAUGGGAGGGGGCGUGACAGCCGUCAUGCCCCCUCCCACAGACUCGCAUUGAUGGGGUGGGACAUCACGAGCUUCCGGCGCCAGCUACAGUGUUUGGAACAGUUUGUUCCAAACGCUGAGCAGCGGAGUACCCCUUUAACUACAGCCCUUUACUUUUGUACCAUCCUUUUUGAAUCACUCUGUAGAGUGUAGAAUAUGGUGAUGUCCACUAGAGGAUCAUAUCAUGUGAGAGGUAGCAAAUGACAGUACACCACAAUUGAUGCAUCUGUACAGUGUUCUAUUUUGAACACAGUGUAUGCAUAUAUGCCCUUAUAUAAAACCUCCAUUAAGGAAACAAUGGGCCUCACUCAUAUAAAUACAAAAUGUUUUAAGAAAAAAAAAAUCUAUAAGCAACACUGACAAUUACAUGAGGCUGAAUAAAGACUUACUGUAUGAUGUAUCUAAGGCAUUUGGAUCCCAUGUAAUGGUGCAGAAGGAUAACAGUUUACAUUUUUGUAGGGUUGCUGUACAAUAUAGUCAGAAAGCCUCCUUGUAAUAGCAAUUCCAGGUACAACUACUAUUACACCAGUCACUAUAGACAGCUCACUAAUGAGGUUGAUUGUAUAAAAAUGACAUCCCUUCUUUCUUCUAUCUCCAGUUGCCAUUUUUUUUUUUACCAGAAUCCUGAGCAGCAAAAAUAUUUUCUCCAACCAAUGAUACUUAAAAAACUAGAUGUAAAAGGUUAGCAUAUGACAGUCUGAUUUUAAAAUUCUUUAUGGCCAAUUGUUUUUAUGUUUUUAUUGCUUAAACCCAGCUAUACACACGUGUGACAGACGCGUCUCCUCCAUAAAUGUGCAUGCUGGAAUCGGCUGGGUGUACAUGUUUAUGUCUAUAGGAGGUGGCUGCUAUAUACACUGGCAGUAAGCACUGCCAGUGUAUAUAGCUUACUGUAUGAUGUAACAUUGUAACAAAGAGUUGUGCAUCCAGUGGAAAUCCAACAUGCCCAAUUAUUUUCCCCUCCCAUGGCAGAAGUAACACUGUCCAACAUCACUUCAGAUCAUUGACUUAUAUUGCCAAAAUCAGUGGUUUCCAGCUAAGGGCAAUAUUCUCAAAGUCUAUUGUAAGAAAAAACAGGGCAAAAUUCAAUGCUGAAUAAUUCCUUAAUAUGUAUUUAAAGUAGUCACAGCUCUGUGUUUCCUAAACAGAAAUGCAGAUCUCCUGCAUAUAUUUAGGGAGCUUAUUAUAUACCGUCUUAUUAUUCAGUAUACGACAGUAUUCAGUAUGUUCCUAAGCUUUCUUUAGUGGUGGUUGCAGGAAACUAGCAUGUACUUGCAAAAGAAUUUUAAAAAACCUGCAUGAUUUGGUUACAAUAAAUUUGGUGCUCAUCUAUAUCUCCUUAUUUACAUUUCAGGGUAGCAGGUCCACAGCUGGCCUGUUUCCGAGCAAUACAUACAGCUGUACUUCCUUUCUCUUACUUAUCUGGCCAAUUACACUACAGGGCCUAAAAUUUUAAUUUUAAUUAAAAAUUCUCUGCUUUGAAAUUUCAAACUGCUUUUCUCCAUUUUAUAGGCUAUAUGAUUCCUAUCAGUAGCACAGAAAGGAGGGGGAUAUAUAAAUCAGCCCUAGUCUAAGCAGUGUAUUGCUGCUGAUCCUGAUGAUACAAGCUAAAGGAAGGACAUUACAUUAAGGAGGCAGCUCUGUGUAGAUGGUAGGAACCUAAGUAUUUACACAAGGGACAGCUGCAUAGAACUUUAUUAAUGGACAGAGAUGAGAGGGGAUCCCUGAUUUACCUUUCAGGCACAGCAUGAGGAGUACACAGCCCAAGAUCUCUCCUGCACUUCACACUUGCUAAACCCCACCACACUUUCUGUGUUCUGUCUUGGUCUCUUUGCUGUUGCUAUAGUCAGAUUUUCCCAGACAACAGACAGUGAACAGCAGGGAAGUAAGUCCCCUAGUGGCCAAAAGCUUAGGGCUUAUUUCUGGGGGGAAAAAGUACUUUUUGGUAAAUGAAAUCAACAUGUAAGGAAUCAUAUGCUAUCAAAUGGAGAAAAUCAUUUUGAAAUAUCAAAGCAGAGAAUUUUGAGUUCUGGAUCAGAAAAACAGCUGCAGCUGAUAUAAAGAUAAACUGAGAAAUUACAGCACAGAAUUUGUAGCAAAUUUGAAUGAAUAAAAACCACUGUCUAAGGUGUAUGGCAGCCACCCAAUUCUCCACUGACGAUGUUGGAGAGAAGGGUUAGGCAUGCUGAAUUUUUAUCACCUAAUCUUGAAGGGAUAAGCUGACGCCAGAGGAGUCAGGCUGCAGCUUACCCCUCUCCAUCAUAUAGAGGAAACAUAAACAUUCAGUCAGGAAAGUUGGGAUAGAUAACUGUCAACUGACAUUGAAAAUGUAUGGCCACCUUUAAAGAGUUUAUCGGAGUUUUUAAAAAAGUUGUAAAAGGGCCCCUAAAACAUUAAAAUAACAAACCAACAGUUAGGCUGGGUUCUCAUAUGUCCGGCAUCAGGCGCUAGGUGAAUUCAGCCUAGAUCUCGACACAGCUGAUGCCACAACUGAUGACAAGUUGUCAUCCAUUGUAUAGCAUCCGGUGUCCAUUGUUUCUGGACGGCGGAGAGCAAGCUGCGUUCCCCUGUCCGGUACGUUCCGGAGUCAACGUGUCUAACCUUCCAGCAUCAAAAUUGAGAUGCUGGAUGAUUGUGAACUUUCCCAUUCAAAUGAAUGGGAUCCGUUCUAACAUCAGUUUCCUUCUGGUGCACACCAGAGGGAAACUAAGCCGAACGCCUGAUAUAUGUGAACCCAGCCUUACUCACCUCUCUGAUCCAGCAUCGAUUUUCUCUAUUCAGACUUUUCUGGACUUCCUUUAGGAGCAAACAUCAUGUGACUGACCACCAUAGCCAUAGCCAAGGACGUACUAUUGUUGUGUACAAACUGUUGUAAAGAGCAUGAAAUGGAAGGUAAAAACAUCAGAUGUGUUCUCUGCACCAUGAUUUUUCCUUCACAUUUACAUAUAAUAUUGUACAUUAGCUUUGGUUACACAGUGUGUUUACAUCAUAUAUUUCUAUAUUUCCAUAUAUUAAGUCCAUGCAGAACAUUUAUCUGAAUUUCAUAUUAUGAUACAGUAACACAGCACCACAAGUCACACAUAUUAAUCCUAACACAAAGUUACAAUAUUUUUUCCUCUGCACUUUCUUUACAAUAUAUUUAGUUAUACAACAGCAAUAUCACUACAUGAACUUGUUUCCCAGUAGGAAAUAGUCAUGGGAAGCAGGAUAUCACAAAUAAAUAUAUAUUCUUUAGAAGUAACACAUAUAUGAGAUGAAAUGUUAACUAUGUGAAGCAACAUAACAAUUAAAACAAAAUGUUCACAAUAAUGUUUUGAUAUUUAAGAAAUGUGAAAAAUCUGAACUUAGGGUAGGAUCAAACUAGGCAUAUUUUCUGCACUUUAAUGGGUAGAAAAAUACACAGCAGCAAAUAUGCUGCAAAAUAUGGCACAUGUGACCCCACCCUUAGGGGCAUAAUAUGGCUAAGCUACAAUACCAGACACAAUUCAAGGACAAGAGUGGUGCUUUUUUGCAAUACAAAAGUUUAAUAAAAGUGUCAAACAACCCAUUAAACAAAGUAAAUAGGAAUAUUUUUUUUUACAUUGGACAUUUACCAACUUACCAAAGAACUGAUCUACUUUACCAAUUGCAUUGUGUAGUCAUAACAUAUCAUAAAGACAAGAGAUGACAAUUCAGAGAUGCCUCUUGUCUUUCUUAUGAUUAAAGGGGUACUCCACUGGAAAACAUUUUCUUUUAAAUCAACUGGUGCCAGAAAGUUAAACAGAUUUGUAAAUCUAUUUAAAAAUCUUAAUCCUUCCAGUACUUAUCAGCUGCAGUACAUUACAGAGGAAGACCUUUUAUUUUUGAAUUUCCUUUCUGCCUGACCACAGUGCUCUCUGCUGACACCUCUGUCUAUUUUAUGAACUGUCCAGAGUAGGAACAAAUCCCCAUAGCAAAACUCUCUUGCUCUGGACAGUUCCUGACAUGGACAGAGGUGUCAGCAGAAAGCACUUUGGUCAGAUAGAAAAGAAAUUCAAAAAGAAAAGAACUUCCUCUGGAGCAUUCAGCAGCACAUAAGUACUAAAAGGAUUAAGAUUUUUUUAAUAGUAAAUCUGUUUAACUUUUUGACACCAGUUGAUUUAUAAGAAAAUGUUUUCCAGUGGAGGACACCUAUAAGUACCUUCUCUUCUAAUUUUAUAACUUACUCAUACUUAUUCCAUUACAAAUAUGUUCUAAGUCUGCAUCUCCAGAAAUCUCUAUUGUUGGUUUAUCCAGCAAUUGUAUUUGAUAUGCAAUGUGAGAAUUCUACCUAAAGUAUCUAAUUAUUAAAAGCCAUAAUUUGUAGUUUGCAUGUGGGUGAUGUCAGUAUUGGGAUCAAGAAAACAGGUAGAAAACAGGACUGUCAAUUGUUCCCUGCUAACUUUGAUUGUGUUGGCUGCAAAAAAUGCGAGGUAUAUGUAACGUGAAGACAACGGGUGGCUUCUAUAGGAUGUCAAAUAUUAGUGACUUUAUUCCUGCUGCCACCUAUAGGUGGAGAGUUACAUGUUUUUAAAAUAACCCAAUUCUCAGCCUUUGGGAACAUUCACACAUAAACAAUACGCUGCCCAACGGAAAACCUGCAAGCAUAUUCUGUUGCUACCCAUUGACUUCAAUUCCGCAAGCAGAAUUUCAAUUGCAGGCAACCUGCAGCGAAUUAGUCACCCAUCCAUUCACUAUCAUUUAGAACAGUGGUCUAUAAACUGUUUGGAGACCACUGAUCUUGAAGGCCAAGAAUUGUGUAAUUUUUAAAACAUCAGCUCAGGCUAUAUAAUACUAGAAAAUACUAGGCCACCAAUGUAUAACAGUGUCACGAGACAUUGUGUACACAGCAUUUUCAGCACCUUAUAAUAUAGCGUUUACUACAUUUCUGCUCUUUGUUGGACACAUACUCGCAUUUUAUGUAGUAUUUUGUACAUACGCUGCCUAGUUCUGUUGUACAGAGCCUCCGUCCCGUUUCCACUGUUACGCCAACUUGGGUGUGCUCAAGUCCUCAUGAGGCUGCCAGCUUCUCUCUCUGCCACACUAGCCAGUUCAAACCUGUAAAAUAGUCUUUUAUGAACGAUUUUGUGAAACAAUGAACUUGUUUUGCUAGUGGUAUCUAAAUGUACAUAUUUAUUUGUUACAGAGAAAUGCUAUAAAAAUUAACACCCUCUUUUGCAGUAUAAAGUAUUUCAUGUUGAAGAAAUAAAGAAGCUUUAUAUUUGGAAGGCUUUGAAUUUUACAGUUGUUCUACUGCAUGCAGCUUUGCUAUAAACACCUACUUUUGAUGGCAUUACUAUGGGGGAGUAUAGUGUGUAAUUCAUGCAUGGGCAUCCUUCAGUAUCCCGCGCCUUCUGAACGACACCUCUCAUGUCCAGGAUAGUAGUUCAGCUGGCAGCUCAUGGGAGAUGUGGCUCCAGGACAGGUGGAAUGGGUAGGUUUUCCUAUGCCUGGUUUAAUGCUUGUAUUAUUUAAAAUCGCACUGUUUCUACCUUCUGUAUCUAAUAAAACAAAGUGUGGCUUCCAGAUUAUUAACUAUGGAUUCUUACAAGAAAACAGUAUAUGUGUUAUUUUUCUUUGAUUUGUUAUUUUUCUUCAAUAGACAUCUAAUAAAUUUUGCCCAGAAUAA